AAAACGCGCCGUUCGACCGCGCGACGCUCCGUACGCGCAGCGCCGACCAUCAGAGAGGUUCUCACGCCGUCUGUACGGCAGAAAUAGACCGCGCACUCGCCUCGCUGCGACUGGCCCGGCUCCAAACGGUGCCGGACACGCUGUGAACAGAUUAGCGCUUAGCGUCUGUUACAAGCUCGUACACCAUGGGAAAAGGCGCGGGAAAAGGCGCCUACGGCGCCGCAGUGGCGCAGGCGGACGAGGAACUACGUGGGAUCAUGUGCGGCGCGCAGCGUUCGAAGCACACGCACGAGCGCGGCGUCGAGAAGUGCCUCGCGCUCAUCAAGACGACGCCCGAGGUCUUCGCGGAUAACGCGACGGAGGGUGGCUUCUUUGAGUGCGUCACGCGCGUACUAGUGGCCAAGAAGCGCGACGGUGGAGUGGAAAGGUGCCUCGCCUUCGUCGCGCGCGUCUGCUCGGGCGCGGUUUUGGCGGGAGACGACCAGCAGGGCGACGUCGCGCGGCGGUCGCUCCUCUGGCUCGCCAAGGCCUGCGGCGCGGCCGACAAGACGGCAAGAGGGCGCGCUUUGGAGGUCAUCGCGCUCGUGCUCGAGCGGUUGAUCGGCGAGGACGGCGCCGAGGUCGACGAGCAGGUCUGGACGGCGUUGAGUGACGCCGUCGUGCCGCGCGUCCACGACAAGGUCGCGGGCGUCCGAAGGGCCGCCUGUCUUGCGUUGAGACGGCUCCAGGAGGACAACCAGCCCGCGACGCACGCUUUGGGGCGAGCUCUAGCGAGAGACUCGUCGGCUGAGGUACGAGCCGCGGCAGCUAGAGCUUUAGAUCCUUCGAAGAAGACCGUCGGACUAUUAUUAGACCGGUGCCGCGACGUCAACGCGACCGUGAGAAAAGCGGCCUUCGACGCUCUCAGACUGAAAGUUGGUUUACGAGGCGUCCCGAGAGACAGACGAGCGCCGGUGUUGGCGCGCGGUUUGCGCGACCGCGACGCGGCGGUGAGAGCAUCGGCGACGAUGACUUUAGCCAGGUGGUUCGUCUCCCCGAAAGUGGGCGCGGACGCGACGAAAUUACUUGAACUCUUGGACGUGGAAUCGCAGGCGUCGCACGCGGCGUUAGCUUUGCGCGCUCUCCAUGCGGCGGCCUGCGCGUUGGCGAACGACGAUCGCCGGGAAGCGACGCCGGCGUGGCUGAGGGGCGAGGCGGAACCGGAGACCUGUGCGGAAACGAGACGACGGGAUGCGUUUGAUGCGUCGUUCUAUUAUGAUGCUGUUGAUGAAGAUGGGCAGAAUAGCUACGUGGUCGCUCUGGAGAGUGCCCUGGAGGUGGCUGACAGAGAAGAUACGUUACUCCUCCAGAAGAAGGAAGGUGCCGAGUUCAAGAAGCGGGACCCGGCUUCAUUACGAUUGAGGAAUGCCUUACUCCCCUCGAAUGACGAGGAGAGCUGUUUACCGGAGAACGCUUCGACUUUAACGCCGGCGGCGGCGCUGUGGCUGCGGUGCCGAGUUUUAUUAGAAUUAGAACCGUCGGCGGCUCGAUUGACGCCGUCCAAUCUCGAAGACGCCCUGGCCAAGUUCUCGGAUGGUGAUGAUUUGGCGAGGCUGUGUUCCACGGCCGGCGAACAAGCUGCUCAGGAGGAAAUGAAACAUAGAGAAAACGACGGCGAGUCCGAGAAUUCAGACGACGACGAAGAUUUAUCGUUUGCGAGGACCUUCGUCGCGGCGCAAGUGUUAGAUUGCGCGCGGUUGCUCGUGGACCACAAGGCUAUUGACGAAGCUGGGAAGGUGAGGGUCGCGGACGCGAUCGAUGGGGACUUCGUGCGGACGCAGAAACCUUUGGCGGAGUGCCUCGCGGCGCCGGCGGCGAGGUGCUUGGCUGUGGCGCGGGGCCUGGGUGCUGGUUUUACGGAGGACGGCGCGUCGCUGCACGCGGCGGUCGAGAGCGCUCUGAACCGCGGCGAGACGCGACGAGCUUUAGCUGUGGCUGCCCAAUUAUUGGCCGAACCUAGAUGCUUCGCACCACCUAGAUCUGCAGCGCAGGACCGUUUCCUGGAGGAGAUCUGCGACGGCGACGACGCGCUCGUGCCGCGGUGCUCGAUCUCGCCGGACGCUGAUGAUAGAGAAUUAGCUGUCUUAGCUCUAGGAAGAAGGAUGCUUUUAGGUGAUGCGAACGACUCGAAGCGCAUCGCGCCGCACCUCUGGCGCUUCGCGCUCAACAGUCGUGAGGGUUUAGAUGUGCGGGGGCGCGCCGUCUGCGCGCUGGGCGACGCGGCGUUAGCUUUUGGGUGUGCGAAGUGCGCGCCGGACGAAUCAGACUUCGCUACUUCUCUAGCCAAGUUGUUAGAUGAAGGUACGGCCGCUCCUUUACGGGCGGUCGCCGCAGAGGGCGCCGCGAAGUUACUCUUAGCUGGGAGGCCGUUGUCUGUCGACGACGCCGAGACCCAGGAAGCCCGAGUUGGUGCGUCCCUAUUAAGAGCGUUCCUCGCCUGCGAGAAUGAUAAUGACGAGGACGACGACGACGACGACAUGGCGGCGGCGCUGGGUGGCAAGCGGCGCCUCCAGCAAGUGUUAUCGGUAUUCUUCCCGACGUUAGCUUCGACAAGGCCUGUGAGUGUCUCUCGAUCCAUCGAAACGGCUCUAGACGACGCGUCGACGCCGCAGCAGGCGGCCUCGUACGUCGCGUCGUUGCCCGGCCAACAGUUCGCGGCGCCCUACGCGCUUUGUGCUUCCGCAUUGGCGGGCACGUCCCUUAGGAGAGGAGAGGCCCUGACGACGAUGCGCGCGCCCGACGACCAGGGCGAGGCGGCUUUAUUGAGUGUCGUCGCGGCCGGCGUCGCGCGCGCCGCGGCCGAGGCCGGCGAGGCCGUGGCGGCCAAGGCCGCGACGAAGUUCGCGGCGGCGUGUUCCUCAGUGGCGAAGGGCACCGAGGCGGACGCGUCCAAGGACGCCAAGAACUUGUUGGUGUCUCCGUUCGUCGCCGACGCCGAGGAAGCGCCCUUGCCGCCGCCGCCGCCUAAAGCGGGCCCGAAGAUCAUCGCGCCGAAGGCGGCCUUCGACGGUACCGAUAGCGAGCCCGGGACGGCCAAGGAGGCUCCAGUUGUUGAGGCCGCCGAGGCGCCGAAGCUAUCCCUCGCCGAGGUGAACAAGUUCACGGUGCCCAAGCUGAAGGCCGCGCUGAAAGAAAGGGGCCUGCCCGUGACGGGUCUCAAGGCCGUCCUCAAGGCGCGGCUGCUCGAGGCGCUCGGCUACGACGCCUGAUCCUUCCCCAUUCCCUCCCCCCGACGUAACAAACACACUC